AUGCCACGAGCUACUCUUGAUUUGCAAAACAGCGCCGACCUGUCUGCCAUUGGCGGGCAGUGGCGGUGCGCCCACGGCUUCGUGCCCGGUGAACCGAACGAAGGCAUCGUGAGCGAGGCUGAUGGUUCUCCCUGCCGCCUGCCCGACUUUGACGAUUCCGGUUGGGAAGUGUGCGACGACCUGGGCGCGUGGCGUCGGCAGGGCGUGUCAUUCAUCUGGUACCGCAUCACCGCCAAGUUGCCCGAAACCGUCGGCGGUCGUUCGCUGGACGGCGCCCGCUGCCUGUUCGAAUCCUGCAUCGACGACUAUGGCGAAAUCUGGAUCAACGGCGAGUGCGACCGCGAACGGGCCACCGUACAGGGCUUCAACGUUCCGCAGCGCGUGGUGGUCACCACCGAGCCCAAAGCCGGCGACGAGGUAACCAUCGCGAUACUGGCGAUGAACGGCCCGUUGGCUGCGCCCGGCGGUGCAGUCUUCGUACGUUACGCCACUCUGGCCUUCGAAUGGCGGGAAACAGGACGCUAG